CCGUCAGUGUGAUGUGACAUGAUGCAUUUAAGUUCAAGUAAAUAAUUUAAUAAAAAUGCAUUUGGAGAUGCAGAUCCCACUGCACAACUGGGUGGCGGUCGUGAGCUGUAGGGCCUGGAGGUACAUUGGGACAACGCUAAGGUCAAAACGAAGAAGUAAACAUGCGCGAGAACCUGCGCAACAGUGGAUAGUAUUCGAUUUGGAAAAAAGAGGUAUGUUUUGAUCCGACGUUGCUAUUUUUGGUUGCAGAAACCCAGAUAUCAAUUUAUCAGUGAAUAGAUCCAUGUCAGACUAUUCCUCAUGAAGUGACCCGAAAUUAACGUCCUCCAAACGCAGAAGAUAAGUGGUAUUAUCAAUCGCGGCCUAGAUUGUAACGUUAAUCCGACUUUAGAUGGACCCCAAGCUCGCUGUGAUGGCCUUGUCAUAGCCACUACUCAUUCUGCAUGCUGGUAGUACAUUUUUUUUUGUUGUUGUUUCAAGUAAGAUACGAAAAACUUUGGCAGCCAAGCAAAAAACGCAAGUAAACGUUAGUAGGAGUGGUUGAAGAUUAAACAAAUUAGUUAUACAUGUCCGCUAGGUGCCCCAGCAUCACAAAUAACAUCAGCCAACAUGUCUUUAGUUGCCUAUGCAAGCAGUGACGAUAGUGAUUCCGAAGAAACUUCUACUAGUGUUGCACCGGAGAGCAAACCGAGUAGAGGGCUAUUUUCAGUUUUACCAGCACCUAAAAAGGCAACGUCAAGUGCACUUCGAAGUGAAGAGCCAAGCAGGCAGGCAAAGUCCAGCAUCUCAUCCAGGGCCACUUCAGUCCAGGAUGGCCCCGAUUCGCAGCCUCAAAAGGGGGGCUUACUUUUCGACUUGCCCAAACCGAAGAAACGUACAGAGCCUGUCAAAAUUACUAUACCGAAGAUCCAAAGAGAAAAUUCGGAUUCCGAUGACGACGAACCAAAAAGGAAAAGGUUAUCACAACCACAGGGGUCUGGCACAGGCCUUUCCUCUCUCUUGCCUCAGCCCAGGAACAUGAGCGUGAAGGCGAUGAACAGACCGCUGAUACCUUACACACUCACCAAGGCUGCGGAGCCUAAAGGUCUGAAGGCUGCAGCGCUGGCUAAGGGCUUUGGCUCCAGCGCCUCUCCAUCGGCUAUCAAGGCUGCUGCUAAGUCCGCGGCCCUGCAGCUCGCCAGGCAAAUAGCCGCCGAGGACCAUGACGAGGAGGAUGUGGCCCCAGAAAACUACUUCUCCCUCGGGGAGAGUACGGUGUCGCUCCCCGUCGCAGCGGCCCCCAUCCCAGACCUCGAAUCCCGGGCCCCUAUGGUUACCCUUCCCUUCGUGCCCAGUGUCGACGAAGACGGUCAAUCGGACGCCCCGCUGGACUUUGGCUCCGGCCAAGAGGGGCCUGGGGCCUGGAGCGGCCACCCCCCAGAGUACCCACAGCCAUCAACGGAUCCUGGAGCUCCGGGUUUUUAUAACCAGCCGUACUACCCAGAAGCAAACCCGGAACAAGCUGAUGAUGACGAGGAUGAUGAUGAGCCGGGAUCCUCGGAAAUGUUUGAUGAGGAGGCAUUCAUGAGGCUCCAGGGGAAACGCAACCGGGGCAAAGAGGAAAUAAAGUUUCUGGAGAUUAAAGGCGAUGACCAGUUGAGUGGCAACCAGCAGUGGAUGACCAAGAACGUUAGUGAGGAAAAACAAGAGCGCAAGUCCUUCAGCAAGAAAAAGGGAGACCAACCUACAGGACAGCAGAGACGAAAGCACCAGAUUACAUAUCUUAUUCACCAGGCAAAGGAACGGGAGCUGGAAUUGAAGAACAACUGGGCCGAAAACAAGCUAACGCGCCGGCAGACCCAGGCAAAAUAUGGCUUCUAAGCAGCUGUAUUCUUGACAACCUUGGGCCUGCCGAAGCAUUUUUGGCAGAAGCAUUGACCGUAGAUAUAAAGCUUUCCAGUGUUUUUUCACCCAAGCCAAGGCGUUCUUCAACCGUUGCUUGGGAUGAAAUAUUUUUCUCAUAAAACAGACCUCUCCAUUUUUUCCCCCCUUUUGUCCAUCGUGUUUAAAAUUGUUCAUAUUGGGAUUUUUUGUUUGUUAACUGUAUUCUAACAUAAUGUUAGGCUCUUGCAUUUCAGCAAAAGCUGUCCUGUGUCUACCCCUUAACAGCUUCUGAUAAGAGCCUAAACAUAUUUCCUAAGAUUAAACAAGUGCUUCAUAACUAUUCCUCUAGCCAGUAAAUGCUAAUGUGACACCCUCACCCUAACCCAUUCAAUUUCCAUGAGGUAGUUUAGAAUAUAUCUUUAUUAUAUUUAUCAUCUACCAUUGAUCAUGCUCUGAUUUAGCCCACUUCAACUCAUCCCAUAGCAUUAGUGACAUGUUGCAUCUUCACCCUAAAUUGGUAUUAACGUAAUAAAGAUUAUUUUUGCAGGGCA